UCAUGGGCUCGAACCAACAAAAACAAAUCUUCUAAAUUUCAAUCAUCUCUCUCUCUCUCUCUCUCUCUCUCUCUCUCUCACAGCCAAAAAAACCUCUCUCUCUAGACAAAAAAAACCCUAUCUUUCUCUAUCAUCCAAUUAUACAAAUGGAAGUAGAGCCAAGCCCACCAGUUGUGGCAAAGAAAUUGUGGAACUUAGUACGCAUAAUGUUCUUCAUGUUGCGCAAAGGCUUAUCCAAGAGCAAGCUUAUUGUCGACCUCCAUUUGAUGCUCAAACGUGGCAAGGUAGCAGGCAAGGAAUUAGCCAACAACCUCAUGCUCCACCACACCUCCGCCUUCAGCUGCCGCUCAAACGACGCUGUCUCCUUCGUCACUCCCCGAGAGUACGAGUUCAGCUGCAGCAACAGCCCCGCCAUUCACAACCCUUUUCAUUUCAACAAGCGCAACAAACACCACCACCACUAUUUUCCCAAAUCAACCAGUGCGUACCAAUACGACGACGUUAGCACUAUGAGUGCAGUUCAGAAGGUGCUUGAGAUGUUGAACAAUGAGAUGGCGGUGGAGGCCUCGCCGCUUGUGACAUUGCCAGGGUUUGGGAAGAGCCCUAUGGUGAGGCAGCUGAGGAUAACGGACUCCCCGUUUCCGUUAAAGGACGAAGGUGAUAGCCAGGUGGACAAGGAAGCUGAGGAGUUUAUUAAGAGAUUUUACAAGGAUCUCAAGUUGCAGAAACGAUCGGCUGCCCUCGAAUCUCCGUCAUACCGUGCCAUGCGCGGUCGAUGAGAGAAUGGGCACAAAAUUUAAUUUCAACUCGGUUAAUUAAUUCCCUUGAGUACUGCAUGGUUAAUUUGUUUUUGAGCUAUCAGCUUUGUCAUUUGCACAUAAAGGGUAAUAUUUCCACACACACACACACACAGAAUUUUUGUAUGUGCCAGUUAUUAUGUAACAUCGCUCAAUUUAUAUAUGUAUAACUGAAGUCUGAAUGCAUACUGUGAGGAAGAAGUUUUAUA